AUGUCUAUGACCAUCGACGAAGUGGCGGCUGCGCCCCGCGAGCAUAAGCCGGUCCCCGACACCCCAUCUAAUGUCUUCGAACAACUCAGCAUGAAAGGACGCGUGGUAGCCAUCAAUGGCGCCUCAGAUGGGAUCGGAUAUGCAGCAACAGAGGCCAUGGCAGAGGCAGGGGCUCACGUUGCCUUGUUAUAUAACAGCAAUGAUGCUGCCAUAACCAAGGGAGAAGCCCUUGCUAAGACGCACGGUAUUAAAGCCAAGGCCUACAAGGUCGACGUGUCAGACCCAGAAGCAGUCAAGAAAACUAUAGAUGCUAUCGUGGAAGACUUUGGAAAGUUGGACGUCUUCGUGGCAAAUGCGGGGAUGGCCAUCUCCAAGCCCAUCACCGAGCAGACGAUCGAGGAGUAUAAGAAGCAGUACUCAGUCAACGUCGACGGUGUCUUCUACUGCGCCAAAUUCGCCGGCGAGGUGUUUAAGAGGCAAGGCUUUGGCAACCUGAUCAUCACUUCGAGCAUCUCUGCGCGAAUAGUCAACGUGCCGGUUGACCAACCAGUCUACAACUCCACGAAGGCGGCCGUGACGCAGCUUGGGAAGAGCCUGGCUAGGGAAUGGCGCGAGUUCGCGAGGGUGAACAUUGUCUCGCCGGGAUUCUUCGACACGAAAAUGGGUGCCUCGCCGAAAGUCAUCAAUGAAGGUAUUCGCAUGACGCCUCUGGGCCGUCAGGGACACGUGAAGGAGAUCAAGGCCCUGUACUUGUAUCUCGCGAGUGAUGCAUCAAGUUACAUGACGGGAAGUGACCUAGUCAUUGAUGGAGGAUAUACUCUACCUUAG